ACCACCACCACCACCAAAUAAACUGAACAAGAAAGAGAGAAACAACACCACCAUCCAUGGCUUCAGAGAUCCAAAAUUUGAUCAAGGUAUGUUUUUCACUUCUUGCCUCUCUUUCCUUCUGUUACUUUGUAAUUAGAAAGAUCCCAAAAGGCUUCUUCAGGCUUCUCACCCUUCUUCCCUUCCUCUAUCUCUUCACUCUCCAACCCUUGAACUUCACAUCUCCUACUCUCAGAUCAACUUCUGCUUUCCUCAUCACUUGGCUUGCAAACUUCAACCUCCUCCUCUUCUCCUUUGACAAGGGCCCUUUAUCAUCUCACCCACCAAAAUCACUCUUACGUUUCAUCUGUGAAGCCUUCCUUCCAAUUAAAGUCAAACAAGGCUCAUCUCUCAACUCAACUCCAACCAUCAUAGGCUUUGCAAUAAAAUGCUUUCUUAAUGUUCUAGUAUUAUAUAUCUAUAGUUACCACUCUCAGAUACACCCAAAGAUCAUGAUGGCCAUUUAUGGCUGCUAUGUGUACCUGGCACUGGAAUUGCUUUUUGCUUCUGGUACAGCUACUGCUAAACUCCUUCUUGGUAUUGAGCUUGAACCACAGUCCAACAAGCCAUACUUGGCAACAUCACUGCAGGACUUCUGGGGAAGAAGGUGGAACCUUGUGGUAUCAAGCAUCCUACGACCCACCAUAUACAAACCUGUCAAGGAGAUCUCUAUCCGCGUGUUGGAUCGGAAAUGGGCAGCAGUUCCGGCCAUACUAGCCACAUUCAUUGUGUCAGGCCUGAUGCAUGAGCUUGUGUUCUACUAUUACACAAGUUGUAGUCCCACAUGGGAGGUCACAUGGUUCUUCAUUCUGCAUGGUAUCUGCACAGCUAUGGAGGUUGCAGCAAAAAAGGCUUUGGCUUGGCGAUUGCGUUCAGCUGUUUCCUGCCCCUUGACCGUCGUGUUUGUCGCAGUUACUACUGUAUGGCUCUUUGUACCACCCAUUGUUCGAAGUGGCACAGAUGUGAAGAGCUUCAACGAGAUUGUUUCUUUGUUGGAGUUUCUGAGAAAGAAAAUUAGUCCCAUCUCAUUGCUAUUGCCAAUGAACACUUACAAACACUGAGUUGUUUCAAUUGGUUUCUCCACUUUAUUGUUUUUAAGUGAAAAAAAAAGAAGAGAAAACACAGAAGGUUACGCUCAUAUAAAUACUGCUAUAAUUUGAGUAUGCAUGUGGGUUAUAAUUGAUCAUUAUCACCUUUGUACAUUGAGACUUGUAAGGAUGGAGUAGAGAACAUCCUUUAGAUCUGGUCUUCUCAUAUGCCUCAAUUCCAAAAGGGCACCAUAUGGUGAUACUCUUCCUAAAAUCCUCCAACAGUCAAACAAAAUGGAAGAGCCGUAGUGAGUUUUUCACAGAUUGGUGGCAUUUGAGAGCAAAUGGUGCAUGAUCUGUCAUCAAACUUCAGAGAGAAUCACUUCUGCAUGGCCUUUCGUAUAAGGAAAGAUGGGACAGAAAAUUGUAGCACUUGAAAGUUCACACCAAAAGUAAGGGCAUCUCUCAGUACUUUUAGAAAAUAAUGAGGGUGAUCUUGUGUGUGGGCCGUACUGGGAUUGUUUCUGAUUUCAAACUCUUCAACAAUCUGCAGAGAUACUGAUUCAGGUUUGGUAAUCAUGACAGUAGUUUAAUAGUAGCCAUGGGUUCAAUAAUAUAACUCGAACAAAAUGUAAUGCUUGCAGUUAGUAAAAUGAAAGACAUUUUUUGCAGAGAC